GAAACUCUCCCUCCAUCGCUCUCUCCUUCAUCUCACUGCCGCUUCUGUAUCACAGGUUGUGUGCAAACCAACCCUCUCCUCCCUCCCCUUCCCACAGCCAGGACCCGAUGGGGUCAACAUUGGCCAGAAAAGGGAUGAUCUUGGAGCUGGAAGCAUUUUAGCACAGACGCAUACUCACUCACACACACACACACACACACAUGAAAAGGACGCAAACAACAAAAAAAUCUCACACAAGCCAAGUUUCCCUUUCCUGCAGCUCAGGGGUUUUGAGUGAAGUGGAGGAAGAACUGGGAGCUGUCAUCAUAUCAGCUGGAGAACAGUUACAUGCAGCGGCCGAGGGCGAGCAGAGUUGGAGAGUUGGAGUUCUGCGGGAUCCCAGUGUGGGCUGGAUGGAUGGGAAUGGGGAGAAGAGACGCCCCAUUCGGCUACAGGCUGCUCGGAAUGCUCACCCUCGCUCUCUGGCUCCCAGCAGCCAGCUGCCAGUGCCGGAUUCUGAAGUGUAAUUCGGAGUACCUUUCUGCGACUUCUGGAUUGCACGUGGGUACAGAAGAAUCAGCGGAGUUCUGCGUCGCUCUGCGCGCCUACUCCCAGUGCACGCGCAAGACAGCGCGGGCCUGCCGCGGUGACCUGGCCUACCACUCAGCCGUGCACGGCAUCGAGGACCUCAUGAAUCAGCACAACUGCUCCAAGGUGGGGCCCACCCAGACCCCCGCCCGUGCACAGCCCACCUCCCUGGACUGCAUGGUGCACUCAGACGCCCCUGAGCUCUGCAACUACGAGAAGAGCCUGCAGCGGCACGCGCCGCACCCCAACUACACGCACUGCGGCCUGUUCGGGGACCCGCAUCUCCGCACGUUCACUGAUGACUUCCAAACCUGCAAGGUCCGCGGCGCAUGGCCGCUCAUCGAUAACAACUACCUUUUUGUCCAGGUGACCAAUGUCGCCGUGGUCCCGGGCUCCAGCGCAACUGCCACAAGUAAGCUCACGGUCAUUUUCAAGAACUUCCAGGAGUGCAUUGAUCAGAAGGUGUACCAAGCGGAGACCGACGACCUCCCAGCGGCCUUCAUCGAUGGCUCGAGAAACGGUGGCGAGAAACAUGGCGCCAACAGCCUGAGGGUGCUGGAGAGAGUGGCCGGGCAGCACAUCGAGAUCCACGCCAAGUACAUCGGGACCACCAUCGUGGUGCGGCAGCUGGGCCGCUACCUGACCUUUGCCAUCCGGCUGCCCGAGGAGGUGGCCAAUUCCUUUGAGGACAACCAGGGCCUGCAGCUGUGCCUGAAGGGCUGCCCCACCAACGAGCGAAUGGACUGGAGGCUCCCUCAGCCACGGAAGGGAGGGUCCGCGGCCCCCCACAGCGCCUUCACCCGUGAAGUGGCCACCGCUAAGUGCAGGGAGCGGCUGCCCGUGGACGACCUAUACUUCCGAUCGUGCGUGUUUGACCUCCUGACCACAGGCGACGUGAACUUCACACUUGCGGCAUACUACGCCUUCGAAGAUGUCAAGAACUUGCACUCGAAUAAAGACAGGCUGCACAUAUACCAGAGGACAGCUGACCACUCAGAGGGCAACUCUGCCCCUGGGAGACCCAGUCUCCAGACUCUUCCCAUCGCCCACUUCCUGCUAAUCUGCUCCCUUUGGUGUGGCCUGGCACACCUAUAGCCAUGCUGAUGGGUGACUUUUAUCAAGCAGCUGGUUUUGAUCUGAAUUGUUUUCGCUUUGAACUGCCGGUGACUACCUAUCUCGUACCUCGUUUUUGCGCUCGUCCGUAAAUUAUUUCUGUUCCCCCACCCCCCCGCCCCAGCCCCGGCACCUGCGGACACAUUGAUUUCUUCUCUCCCGCUGCCAGCUGUUAGGUGGAGAUCACCAGUGUCAUUCCCCACCCUGUCGGUGUCUAGUGGUUGUGUGUUUGUGGCGUUUGUAGGGGAUUUGGAAUAGUGCAGGCGUGCGAUGUCCGUCUGAACCAGGGGCCUGGCUGCACAUCUCCGUCACCUCCCUGUGACCGCCCCUCCCCCCCCUGUGACCGCCCCUUCCCCCCCGACCUUCAGCGAAAAGAGGACCACCCAUCUGAAUCUCAGUACAAUUUCAACCCCCUUUCAAAACACCUUUCAAAAUCUAACCCUAACCCCAACCCCUUGACAGGGGAAGCGUCAGCAAAUGGUGAAGGUUCUCACUUGGUGAGGAAUAUUGGAUCCCUGUAAAGCUUCUCCUGGUUGCCAGGAUCUGGGCUUUCACAGGGCACGUUCCUCCUGCUACUUGGGGCCUUCCAUUGAUUCGACCUUCCCUCUGAGGCUGGUGAGUGUUGACAGGCUAUUACCACACCUGGCAUCACAGUGGUCUAGCACUGGGCUCAGUCCCCUUAAGCUACAGAGUGGCACUAAACAUAAGGGCUUCAUCUUCAUGGACAAGGUAAAUGUGCUGCAAGCCUGAGUACGAUGCACUGGCACGUUGUGGAACCCUCCCCCACCCCUCAUCUUCCCAGCUAACCAGGAGCGUAGUGUCAUUUGACUUGGCUUCUCGAUGGGUACCGUGACGUGGAGUUUCAUGCCCAUUUGUGCCUAUUACACUGGCACCUGAUGCCCUGUGUCCCGCUGACUUUGGGUCAGCAAAGCUGUGAGCCUUUGUGUCGAAGUUUGGAACUCGCGCACUGCGGGUCAUUGACCAGCUGCUGGCUCCAGCUGCGCAGCUUGAGAUUAAAGAUGGCGGAACGGACACACUGAUGGCUGGGAAUCCUCACGCAUUUUACCCAGCAGUCCACCACGAGCAGCCCUCUUCCUCCAGGAUCAAUCAGGAUGAGAGACCGUCACCUGCUACACUGGAUCUGACCCAGUAACCUAGACAACUGGAGUGCCCUUCCAGCUCUUCCCAUGUUGGCUUGUGGGUCAGAGGCAGUGAAGGGCCUUAAAUAACACACGCGUGCGCGGUCCUGUCCAUUCACCAUCAUCCAUUGUCCCCACACCCCUUCAGUGAGCUGUAUUUACCUGUUGACCUUCUACUGUUCAAGCAUGUCCAUUUGCCAUGGUGUGAAAGGAGAUGCAUGUGACAGGAAGAGAAAGCUUGCAUCUUUACUGAUGAGGCAGCUCCCCUGAGGGCUCCAGUGAUGAAUGCCCUGCCAGGUGGGUUAGUGAGCUGGAUAGACGCAGGCUGACUUCGCAGUCUGGCUGGAGGGAGCUGUAUUGGUAGGGGCAGAGUUGAUCUCCUUGGGACAAGGAAGGAGGUGAUCAAGCCAGAGUUGCUGUGUUAGCCCCUUUCUGUAGAGAAAUGUCUGAGUGAAUACAGCAGCAUAACGGGGUGGAGGCUGCUAUCAGAUCCGGCUGAUGGGCCUGUGAUUAGAUUAAUUUUCCAACCCAGAGGGAUGUGACACUGGGUGAGCUGACCCUUAAAGACCCAUCUCCGAGGCAAUCAGAACAGUUGAAAAUAGAAAGUAGAUUUUAUAGCUAUGUAUAAUAGUAAGUUACACAGUUUAUGUAAAACAUUCACUUUAUUAUUUAUAUUGAGGAUUACAUUCUGGGGCAGUGUAACAGUAAUAAUAAAAAAAAGUCAUGAGGGUGGGGCAAACAAGGGAGGGGGCUGAAUCAGAAUAGAGUCCGUGGAAGAGAAGGCACACUCCUUACACCAGUAGUGCCCACCUCCAUCUCUUAAAAGCCUCAAGGGUGCUGGUAGACACUGGAGGUUCCCUCUUCUAAGGUUACCUGGCACAAAUGUAGCUGUAGAAGAAGGGCAGUCAGUCAGGAACUACCCCAUACCUUGUCCCUUUCAUGGGUCACUCCCUGAACCCUAUUGGUGGUCAUUUCCGGCUAGUCAAUGAUGAGGUCCUCACCCCACCCCACACAGACAGACAGACAGACAGACACACACGUAAGACGACAGUCUCCAGCUAUUUGAUUGAAGGUUUAAAAAAACACAAGCCACUUCUCAAACACCUUCCUCCACCCAUUGGUUUAGGAGAUCAUUUCCAGCGGGUAUAUAUCGCCACAAUCUUGCUGCAGCCGUUGUUUCCGCUGAAUGAGAACUCAGUGGACGAUACCUACAGAGUGUGGCUUCUCUGUGUGUCUUUCUAACCAACCCCCCGCCCUUUUGCCUCAGAAAUGGGAGAGGCUGAAGGGAUUCUUCCUGCAGCAACUGAUGAGCAUUGGAGCCAAAACCAGGGGGAAGAAAUAGAGUUUGGAAAAGAGAUUGUUAACCACAGACUUGAACUCAGUAGCAGUAUUGCCCCUCUCUUAAAUUGCUGAAGAGCUUCUGUCCUGGCCUUGUCCACUUGUGCUUUCUUAGUCAAGAUCCCUGCCCUUUCCCAUUUGCCAUUUUAACUUGGUCGCUUGUCUUGUGCGACCUUCACCCUGUGGGUCUGGAGAUCUCCGAAGAGCCCAUGCAGUUUCCUUGCCAGUGUUGAUUCCCCUUCUAAGCUGAGGAUGGACUCUGAGUGUAAGCAGGUUACUUUUCUUGCAUCUCAAUCGUGUGCCCACUUGCCCUCCCUCCCUGACUCCCAGCAGCACUGCCUGAGCACAGAGCAGUGGGUGAUGAGCAGGAGCAGGAAUCCUGCCUGUACCAUUUCAUCUGCCACUCUCAGAUCAGUGUUGCAACCCCUUGUUUCCACUUCAGGAGAGAGGAGAGCUAAUUGCAUCUGCUUUAUUGAUGUGUAAAUUUACAGGUCAGUUCAGAAAGAGAGAUAUUUAUAUAUAAAAAUGAGACACAGAACAAAACAACAUUUGCAAGUUCAAAGAACAGCAGGCUCCAAGACCCAGUGACAACGAUUCAACACAGUAAUUACCCAGAUAUUGAUGACAAUGAUCCCUGCCCCAUGGCCUGAAGGCACUUUAUCUCAUUGACAGCCGUCUGUACUGUGUGACUGUGGAGCUCAUUGCAUGGCAUGGUGUUGCUGUGACAGUGUAAAUACAGUGUUGUAUAUUGUUGGGUGUAAUUUAUCUUUGUUGAGAUAAUAUAUAGAGCCCAUGGUGAACAUUUGUGACUGUACAUAUGGAGUAAUGUAAUAUUUCGUUUAAUAUUAAUGUCUGAAGUUUUAACCCCAGCAGCUAUGUUUACUUGUUAAUGUGCUUUGGUUGUGUUAGGUUGACAGAAAAAGGAGGACUUGUGAAAGCAGACCCUUUUAAGAUUUCUUUCGAAUGGAAGGGGCCUCGUUGGCAUCAUUCUCACGUUGGUGUGCAGCGGUCCCGACGUCACCAAGCACUGUUCUUGUUUCCAGAGUUGAACAUGACCCAGGAGUUUUCUCUGCCCACCCCAGUAACCCACCUCAUCCUUUCUCCCUCACUUGUCCUGUCUGCCGACGGAGCCCCUUUCAAGAGAUUUUUAGGAAUGGCACUUUAUCUCAGUUACAAUGUGACGUGGUUCUGCUUUGUUUGAUUGGUUGAGAUGGUAGGACAGGAGGCAUCGCAGUCCCCGGGGAACAGGAGGCACAACAGUGCGAUGUUUCCACAGUCAAACAGCUUUUAUUGGGAAAAUGAAAAGAAUGACUCUAUUCUUUCCAUAUGUAGAAAUUUUCAGCAAGAUCUCUCCUUGUGUACAUAAUGUAAAUUAUUUAUUAUUGAAAAGACUUUGAGUAAAAUUUUUUGAGUAACAAUUUCAACAA